ACUAAUGAAAGGAUGAGGGUUUGAGAAAACACCUUAUUGUUACCGAAUACCGUGAAGCCAGUGUAAUGCGAUAGUGAAAAGAUAUUGUCUCUCUCACCACGCGCAUGGCGCGUUAGGGGAAACUGCAGGCUACAGCUGUCUGUCCGGUCAGCUGUUUUUAUUUACCGAGAGACAGCAGCAUCAAUAGGAGGGCACGAGACCACAGACUAGUCUAUACCGGCGCCCCGGACCCCCACAGACCAGACCACCAGGACUAAGAGAGAGAGAGAGAGAGAGAGGAUGGAGUUUAAGCAGCUGGUGGAGGUGGCGGAGAAAUGGUGUUCGUCUGUUCCGUUCGAUCUGAUCUUUGCGGAGGAGGAUGAUGAGAGGAGACUGGACUUCUACGCAGAACCGGGAAUCUCCUUCUAUGUCCUUUGUCCCGAUAACAUGACGGGAGGGACCGAGAAUUUCCAUGUAUGGAGUGAGAGUGAGGACUGCCUGCCGUUCCUACAGCUAGCCCAGGACUACAUCUCCUCCUGCGGGAAGAAAACACUGCUAGAGGUCCUGGACAAAGUCUUCACUUCCUUUAGACCUUUGCUGGGUCUACCAGACAUAGAUGAUGAGACGUUUGAGCAGUACCAUGCAGGCGUGGAGGAGGAACCAGAGCCAGACCACCAGCAGAUGGGAGUCAGCCAGCAGUGAUGCCUACGGAAGAGGUGUCCGACCGGGCCACAAUAAUUACCCACACCUCUGGUUUCAUCCCCUGCAUCAAUACACAGGCCCAACGACCCUGU